GUCUAGCUGACUCAACGACCAGCAAUGUCACACUGUAACUCAACCGAAGUCCCAGGAGAUCCUCUUUCUACCAAGUCCAGGAUUCUCGGGACUGGGGCAUCGCUCACCCAGGACUUCGAACCUGUCAAGAAUAUCUGCGCGUUUCUGAACGCGUUUCACUGCUAUGCAGAUGAACCUGGACGCUAUGUGGAGGCUUCGCAUUACUGUGCGCAUGUCACUGAAGAUGUUCGUCAAUGUUUGAUUUACGACUCGCCUGAACGCAACGCGCGCUUGAUUGGAGUCGAGUAUAUGAUUACACCCAAGCUGUACGAGACCCUCGACCCGGAGGAACGCAAACUCUGGCACUCGCACGUUUUCGAGGUUAAAUCGGGUAUGCUCAUCAUGCCCUCUCCUCUGAAGACCUCGGGCAUGCCCAUUCCAGAAACCGUUUGGGAGAAAGCGGAAAACGCAGAGAUGGAGGAGGUGAUUGGUUUGUAUGGAAAGACAUUCCAUUUCUGGCAGGUCGAUAGAGGGGAUAAAUUACCUCUGGGGAUGCCGAAGUUGAUGGGUUCGUUCACCGAGCGCGAGAGUAUGCCCAAGUUUGAGGAGGUCGUUGGGGAGAGGGAUAAGCGGUUUGGGAGUGAUUGGAAGAGGAAGAAGGAGAUUAGGGGGUAUAUUCCAGUGCCGGAGUUACAUCCAGACGCUGAUCAGGCCAACGUAAACUCCAAACGCAAGAAAUUGAAGAGAGCAGAUGUAUUGGUUACAUAG